GUUUUCUACAUCCACAAAAAAAAAAAAAGAUUCCCCAAACAAACAAAAAACACACGGAAUUAUAGAUAUGGAUCUUGAGUUAUUACAAGAUCUGUCCAAAUUCAGUUUACCAGCAACUAUCAAGAUCCGAUCCAAGAACUCCAGAAACAGCAACGACGGCGAUGACGAAGAUGGCCUCAGCUGCAGCACACCCACAUCCCAAGAACACAAGAUUCCCUCCGUGGUCGAUUCUCCACCUCCUCCACCGCGAAAACCCCGGCCACCGCCGUCAAAACCGUCGGCUACGGCGGCUCUGAUGAUCAGAUCGUGCAAGAGGAAGCUUUUAGUGUCGACUUGUGAAAUUAUCAUGAAUCGGGACGAGAUUGACCGUUUCUUCUCCUCCGUAUAUAGUGACAUGUCGACGACGGCGAAACGGCGGAGAAGCUAUCCUUAUUCUGCACGUAGAUGAGCCUUUAGUUCAAGAUUUACAUUUUUACAGUUUUACUGGAGAUAUUGUGAAAUUAUAUAUAAAUAAAAAAUUAUUAAAUGUUUUAGAAUUUUUAUAUAUUUUGAUGAUGGAUGGAUAAUUUCCUGCAACGGCGUCUUAAUUUCGCAUGGAGUGGUGGACGUUGUAAAAAGAAAUUUAAUUCCAAUUGCCAAGAUUUCUAAUAAUAAUCGGGAUAUUUAUGUCA